UACGUCGCACUAGAGCAUUUGUCAGUAAGGUAUGCAAUUGUAACCGUGUCGUUAUUACGUGCCGAUUCAUUGUGUUUUGAAAAAUAUUUGGAAUUCUGUUAAAAAAAUUAUAUUUUUAUACUAUAAUCAACAUGGCGGAGGGUUUCACGGAUUCUGGUCGAAUUUUAAAGAUGGAAGAGGAUUACAGUUCUACUGUGGAUGAGAAAAUCCCUGUUUGUCAAAAAUUAUGUCAGGAAGGAAAAUUGACGGAAGCUCUAGAUAUUCUUCUGUCAUUGGAAAAGCAAACAAGAACUGGAGCAGAUACUCAUUCAUGUGGACGAGUGUUAGUUGCAAUUGUUCGACUAUGUUUUGAAACAAAGAAUUAUACUGCUUUGAAUGAACACAUUGUUUUGCUGACUAAAAGACGGAGUCAAAUCAAACAAGCUGUUACGAAGAUGAUUCAAGAGUGUUGCACUUAUGUAGAUCAAAUGCCAGAUAAGAAAACUCAAUUGGAGUUAAUAGAUACACUUCGCCAAGUUACAGCUGGAAAAAUUUAUGUGGAAGUAGAGAGAGCUCGACUAACUUAUAAACUGUGCAAAAUAAGAGAAGAUGAAAACAAAGUUGAUGAAGCUGCAAAAAUUCUGCAAGAAUUACAGGUGGAAACUUUUGGUUCAAUGGACCGUAGAGAAAAAGUUGAACUUAUACUUGAACAGAUGAGACUUUGUUUAGAAAUAAAAGAUUAUGUUAGAACUCAAAUUAUAAGCAAGAAAAUAAGCACAAAAUUUUUUGAGGAUGCUUCUGUGCAGGAUUUGAAGUUGAAAUUUUAUCAUUUGAUGAUCAUCUUAGAUCAACAUGAAGGAUCCUAUCUGGCUAUUUGUAAACAUUUUAGAGCAGUUUAUGGCACUCCUCAAAUACAAGAAGAUCCUGAGAAAAAGCUAGUGGCCUUGAAAAAAGUUGUCAUGUAUCUUGUGCUUUCCCCUUAUGAUAAUGAGCAAUCAGAUCUUAUACACAGAGUUAAGGAAGAUAAAACAUUGGAAGAAAUUCCAAAAUACAAAGAAUUGCUACAGCUAUUCACAACACUAGAACUGAUAAAUUGGCGAUCAUUGCAUGCCAAGUAUGAAUCUGAUUUGCGUGAAGCAACUUCUGACGUCACUGCUGCUGAAGUGUUUGGGCAUGAUGAAAUUGGUAAAAAAUGCUGGCAAGAUUUGAAAAAUAGAGUUGUUGAGCAUAAUAUACGAAUUAUGGCAAAAUAUUAUACUCGAAUUACUCUGAAACGUAUGGCUGAGCUACUGGACUUGAAUGAAGCAGAAACAGAAGAGAUUCUUUCAAACUUGGUGGUAAACAAAACAGUGUGGGCCAAAGUGGACAGAUUAGCAGGUGUCAUUUCAUUUUCUCAGUUAAAAGACCCCAAUGAAGUUCUGAAUGAUUGGUCUCAUGACUUGAAUAGCUUAAUGCAACUCCUGAGCAAAACUACCCACCUAAUAAAUAAAGAAGAGAUGGUUCAUAAACACUUACUUUCCGAAGCUUAAGUUAGAUUCUGAGAUGAGAAUACGUGGUGAAUAUAUUUAUCAGAUUGCAAUUUUGACUCUUUAAUCUGUGGACGAAAUCUACAAAAUGUUCACUUCAAACUAUAUUUACUUUAUGCUUCUUAAAUUUUGUUUUGAAUGGUUUAUCAUAAAUGAAAUGUUUUCUCUUUUCUUGACAAAACAUUUUUCACUCUUUAUUAGUUGUUUUUCUCUUUAAAGGGUACUGUUAUAUAUGUAUUUGAUAGUACAUAAUACAUUUAUUUAAGUUCAAAAAUAUCAUAUGUUUAUGUCAUAAUAGUAUGUACUUAUUAAUAUUAAAUUUGUAUCACUUAUAAUUAUCAGUAAAGUUUUUUUGUUGAUAAUAAAAAUUUUCAAUUGUAAA